GGCGCGGCGCGGCGGCGUGAUGGCGGCGGCGGCGGCGGAGUCCGGCGGGAGGCGAGUGGGCUUUGUGGGCGCGGGCCGCAUGGCGGAGGCCAUCGCGCAUGGCCUCAUCCAAGCAGGAAAAGUGGAACCUGAGCACGUGCUGGCCAGCGCACCCUCCGACAGGAACCUCUGCCGUUUCCAGGCCAUGGGCUGCCAGACCACCCACUCCAACCCGGAGGUGCUGCACAGCUGCCCCCUCGUCUUCUUCGCCACCAAGCCCCACAUCCUGCCCACCGUGCUGGUGGAGGUGGCUCCUGCCGUCACUGCGGAGCACAUCUUGGUGUCCGUGGCUGCUGGGGUGUCCCUGAGCACCCUGGAGGAGCUGCUGCCCCCGAAGGCUCGGGUGCUCAGGGUCUCACCCAACCUGCCCUGCAUCGUCCAGGAGGGUGCCAUGGUGAUGGCACGGGGCCGCCAUGCUGGGACCUACGAGGCCCAGCUCCUGCGGUCCCUGCUGGAGGCCUGCGGGCAGUGCGAGGAGGUGCCCGAGGCCCAGGUGGACAUCCACACCGGCCUCAGCGGCAGCGGCGUAGCCUUUGUGUGUGCCUUCUCUGAGGCCUUGGCUGAAGGUGCUGUCAAAAUGGGCAUGCCCAGUGGCCUGGCCCACCGCAUCGCUGUCCAGACCCUGCUGGGGACAGCCAAGGUGCUUCUGCAGAAGGGGCAACACCCGGCUCAGCUGCGGACUGACGUGUGCACGCCAGGCGGCACCACCAUCUACGGGCUCCAUGCGCUGGAGCAGGGUGGGCUGCGGGCCGCAGCCAUGAGCGCCGUGGAGGCCGCCACCUGCCGGGCCAGGGAGCUCAGCAGGAAGUAGGUGCGGGCCACACCUCUACCCUGUGGUGGCUCGGGUCCCCUCUGUCCUGCAGGGAGGAGGGGCCCUGGCCCGCAGGGAACACAGCAGGGUGUGGCCCCUCCCUGGAUCCUAAGCUCCUGGCAAGGGCAGGGAGAGCUGGCCCUGAUGACCCUUCCCUGGGUCAGGAGCCCCGGAGGGUCCUGUGGCCUGGCCUCUGACUACCGGAUUUGGUUCUCAACAUGUCCGUGAAGGGACCAACAGGCCUGGAAAGCCAGAAACGUGGGACCUUUGUUGGGGGACUGCCCCAUCCCACGCAGGCCCAAGUGCUGGAGCCCCUUCCUGCCACCUGCCAGGCGUCUGUGAACAGGGCUGACGCACCCACUGGCCACCCCCACUCUGCUGCCCGGCCUCAAGCCCUCCCCGAGUUCCAGCCACCAGUGUCCUGCUGGCCCUCAGCCAGGGACUGCUUGUCUGACCCCGGCCCUUCUACUAGUUAGAGGCUGAGUCCAUUUCUUCACCUAUUUUUUUUUUUUUAACCUUUAAAAUGGAAAUAAAGAUGCUGUCCUAUA